CACAAAGGAGCCCCGUACUGCCACAACCCUUGCUACAGGGCGCUGUUUGGACCUUCAAUUCUAGGCUAUGGAUCGAAUAUCUCCUCUCCAGCCAACUUUACUUGUUCUGAUAAACCGGCGACGCAUGCCUAUGGAGCGGGAAACGGGAACAAGACAGAAAUCUUCAGUUAUCGAAAGAAUCACGUGACUAAAUCAGCCAAUCGUGACAGGAGGUCACCACGUUCAAAGUCAAAGCGGAAAGAUCUCACCCCCGAAAUGAGAGAAGUGCUUCAGAAGAUUGAAGAAUUUAACAAAUUCCACGAAGGAAAAAUUCGUCAUCAAAUGACAGCAGACGAGAGAGAUGACGGCAAUGUGGACGUGAAAGGGCCUUUGAGAAUUUACUGGGGCCUGAGCCGUCCCAUCCAGCUGGUUCACUGUGAUGACAUCCCACCCCCACCCAUCUCCCAGUGGCGACACAGUUUGUGUGUCAACGCCAGUGCUGCCGACAUUCCAGAGAACAAAUUGGCCAGUACUGUUGAUUUCGGAAGGUCCGUUUCCGCUAGCCAUAAAACAAGAGACAUGGAUGACAUACUUUUAUCACCCUCUGGCAACGACGAUGUCGUACGGAGAAAGAGGCCUGGUGUGAGAAAGUUCAAAACUGUCGCCUACCGAGGGGACCAGCCGACCAAAUGGAAACGAGCCUCCAUUAAUGGGCAUAUUUUCAAUUACGAUACAAGUGUGUUCACCCCUGUGUUAGGCAGCUGUACCAGUGUGACUGUUGAUGGGACCAUGGACUCUUCCGACGUCAUAGAAGCACUGCUGGAUAAGUUCAAGGUUCAGAACAGUCCCGAUGAGUAUUUGUUGUAUAUCGUCAAUGAUGAAGGAGAACGAUUAUUGACCAGGCAAGACAAGCCCUUGAUGGAGAGGUUGAAGUUGGGACCUGAUGAAUCCAUCGGGAAGAUCUUUAUCAAAGAAAAAGAGAUGAUGGAGGAGGCCGUUCCUUCAGGCGUCAUUGUACAGCUACCAAUUGUGGAGUCCGCUGAGGAGGAGAAUCUACCACAUGAGGUGGAACAGCUGCUGGUUUUACCAGAGGCUGUGCUUCGAGGGAUCAUGGCCAAGUUCCUCAGAGAUGAAGAGUCGGAGGUGUCUCUAGUGAAAGCAAGGUAUGAAGCAGCCCGUAAGAGAAUCCGGCAAAGGAUGAAUGAUAUGAUGAGUCAUGAGACAUCUUCCAGUGCCUGAGGAAGAGGAGCCGAGGCCGUCGCAGCUACUGGAGGAGUAGGAAGCGGAGGGGGAGUGCUUCUGGCUGUGUGUGUGUGGGUGUGUGAGAGUGUGUGUGUAUAGCUUUGUGUGUGCGUGCGAGUGUGUGUGUGGCUUUGUGCGAGUGUGUGUGUGGCUUUGUGUGGGUACGUUCACAUUGGAUUGUGUGGCUGUGUAUAUGUGUGAUUUUGUAGCUGUAUAUGGCUUUGUACGAGUAGGUGUGUGGGUAUAUGUGGGUAUGUGUGUAGGAGGACUGUGUGUGGCUUUGUGCGGGUACAUUCACAUUGGAUUAUGUGACUGUGUAUAUGUGUGAUUUUGUAGCUGUAUAUGGCUUUGUACGAGUAGGUGUGUGGGUAUGUGUGUGUAGGAGGACUGUGUGCGGCUUUAUGUGGGUAUGUUUGAGUGUUUGUAUGAGAGGAGAGGGGUGCUACAGUAUGUGGAUGUAUGCCAGAUGCAAGUUAUUAUUUGUAACAUACAGGAGCUGUUCAAGACUACAACCUACUCUGUAGCUUCUACCUGCUCCUCCUCCUCCCUCCCCAUCCCUCCUCAUAUGUCAGACACUCUAAUAACCAAUAUCCUACUCUAUAGCUCCUACCUCCUUCUCUUCCACCACCAUCCACACCCCUUCUCCUCCUCCACCUCCUCCCUCCUUACCCUUCCCCCAUGAGCAAAAAACUCUCCCAGCAAAUACCCUACACUGUAGCUCCUACCUCCUCUUCCUCCACCAUCCCUCUCCCCGCCCUUCCUUCUAAGUAAGACGCUCUUCUGGCCCAUAGUUUACUCUGUAAGAAGCUGUCCUAGCUUAUACUCUGGAGCUCCUACCUCCUCUUCCUCCUCCAUCGGCUUCACCUCUUCCUCCUCAUUGUCACUCCCCACCCUUCCCUCUAACUAACUCGUAAGUAAGACGUUCUCCUAGCCAAUACCCAUACACUACUCUGUAGAUUCCUCCUCUUCUCCCCCCCACCUUCCACCAUUCCUCCGUUCCCCUGAGUAAGGAGUUGCUCUGUAGACCCAUUAUAAUGGCAGCGGUGGCUUGUGUAACUUGUGUAUAGUAGGGGCAUUAGACAGGCUGUUUUGUUCUCUCUGUUGUUUCAAUGCAUAAAGGUUUUGGGGUGGCCAUCUCACAACCCCAGAAUAAUGAGGUUGUAUUUCAGUCACUCUCGCUUUUGAGAUGUUUGAGUUCCGAAGUUUUCACCUAUUGUAUCUCCCUCCAAUGAAGAAUAAAAUUAAUAUGGUUUUGUCUCAGAAAAAAAAGAAA